GCUAGGAGCAGCUCGCUGGCCGUCUCACUCCUCUCUCCAUUCCCGCCGCCCUCCCGCCCCGCCCCACUCACCUUCAACCGCUUGCCUAGUAUCAGACCCACCGCUGCCGUGUACCAACUUUGAGAAAUUGCGACGACGCCAAUCCGGUCGUACUACAACACCACCGCAAGUGAUCAUAGUGAUAUACCGCUAGCAAGUGCAAAAUGGCAGCAUCCAAGGGCUGGUUCAACCUCGAGGCCGCGGGCGGCGCGAUCCCGGACACGCAGUUCUUCGAGGGCGACUCUGCGUUCAAGUUCCUCGGCCUGACGCGCACGCAGCGGCUUUACGGCUUUGUCGGCUGUUUGGCCGCGGGUUUUGUGCUGAGCUUGCUCGGGAGCAUCUUCCUGUUCCUCGGCUCACUCGCUAGUUUCGCAAUUCUGUACGCGUUCGGAACGGUCAUCUCGCUCGUUGGCACGGGCUUCCUUGUCGGGUUUGGGAAGCAGCUCACAAUGAUGUUCAAGCCCGUCCGGGUGGUGGCGACAAUCCUCUUCCUAGGCUCAAUAGGCCUCAUCUUUGUCGGCGCGUUCGUAAUCAAGAGCGAUAUUCUGUGCAUAAUCUUUGUCAUCAUCGAGUACCUCGCGUAUACGUGGUACACGCUCUCGUACAUCCCAUACGCACGCACGGCCGUCCUCAAAGUCUUCGGAAUGUAAAGCGCCCCCUUCCGCCCCGCUCGGUGAUAAUAUGCGUCCACUCCGCCUGUGUGUCUCACCUUAUGCCACCGGAUGUUUCUCUACUACUCGUACGGUACGACCUGGAAUGCACGGGACUUGUAAAACUAAACUACAGUACGGCUGCGGAGCGAAUAUUGCGCUAUUUAUGCACGUCCG